AUGGGCAGUUUUCGAAACAUCUUCGCCAAAGUGGCAAUAGGUCUAGCUCUAACAAAUGCCACUUUUGCUGCUUCAAACGUGACGGCAGUACCUCUCACGGAGGGCUGCGCAGCAUAUCCCGGAUACGACGACGCGACCGGCAUCGCGGGACCUCUACACGUCGUAGCCGACUCGACAGGCAAGGAGCUCGACGGCUACCGAUUCAUUCCCAAGUUCGCGAUCGCCGUCGGCGGUGGUAGCUGGGGUUUCAUGGUGAUACCAACCGCCGAGAACGGAACGGCUGACGCCGACGAGACGCCUUUCCGCUGUGGCGAUGGUACGCUCCAGGCUCACUUGAAUGUGGGUAUCGAGGGUGACCGGUGGCAGACUCUCAUCGCGGCUGGGACACCUGCCGAGUCCGUCUUUGGGUUUGGCCUCCCGGAUCUGCCUGAUCCUAAUUACCGCCUUGAGAUUUGGUAUAUCUACCUAGGAUCUCCAGUCGUCAAAGCCUCGCAUUCACACGUCAUAGACGGAGAAGUGCAGCCAGGCGUGUUUCUAGGAGCUGUCAAUGUGACGACCUGGGGUUUCAACUACCAGAACAACACCGAAGCGGGCGAAUACUAUUUCUUGAGAUUAUUGGGUCCCAACAGCAAUAACUUGGCGACGGGGAAGCCGCUGAAUCCGGGUGAAUUUACUGGAUAUAUCAAGAUUACCGCAGCCUGA